AUGCAUUCAAUCGACAAAAAUUCGUGGCAUUUCGUGAUGUUAUUUCGUUUCGGAAAUAUUCUGGGGCUCAACCCACUUCGACUGACCAAUGACAGCGCGAUAGAGCCUUCUCUAUUCGGUUUACUUUACCCUUUAUUGCAAACAAUAUUAUUCGGGUUUAUCUGUGUUGAGGUAUUCCUCGAUAGAUAUCUCAUAACAACGCCGGGUGAGACUGAAGUUUUUUUCAUUCUGGACCAACAAAUUGUCGUGCUGACAUUCCUGGAACUCUCGAGCUGUUGGAUUUCCUUCGGUUUUUCUCAAAAACGAUUGCUCAGAAUCGCUGAUCAAUUCAAAAAAACUAGUUUCAUUGAACAAAGACUCGACAUUGUUUGUGAUUAUAGUAAAUUUGUAAGACGUUUUGCCAUUUCCAUGUCCUGUUUCAACUUCUUCUUCCUACUGUCCGUGACAUAUACCAUGUGGAUCGCAUUCAGGAUGACGCCCGAACAAGAUCUCAAGUGGUGGUGCAUUUACAAUGUCAUACGUGUUAUACAUUACAAUAUGAUCUGCUUAUUUGUUGCUACGAUUACACUUGUGACCCUGAAAUUUAGUCGUUUGAAUACGCAAUUGGAAAAUUUACUGAUUUGCGAUGAGAGCAAUGGACAUCAGUUUUUUGGAAUUUUAUGGCUCUUCAGUGAGCUUCAUCGAGAAACAUGUGGUCUCCUCGACAAAAUCGUGUCUUACUUCACGAUUCCCCUGUUAAUUACAAUAACAUCCCACAUCAUCCACAUAACAGCCAACAUCUAUUGCUACUACUUGUAUGUAGAAGAUGUUUGUCCGAAAAAUUGGGAUGUUUUCUACGUGACAUCGAUCCUCCAUUGGAUCACUUUCCCGAUCGCGGCCAUUGUGAUCAUAUCAGACUGCUGUGGAUGCGUGAUUAUUGAAGCUCGGAGAACAUCCAAAAUCCUUCACUCAUCGGGCUUGGCUAAUCAUUCACGAGUAGAUCAUGUACAAAUGCAAUUCAAUCUACUUUCCCUCCAAUUAUUACGGAAAGACGUCAAAGUAACAUUGUACGGGCUCUGCGAUGUGAACCACUGUCUUCUAGUUCAGAUGACGUGUGCGAUGGUGACCUGCAUAGUGAUCAUGGUGCAAUUCGAUAAAGACUGA